AUGUCUGCGCUACCCCUCUACUUGCUCCGUCCGGGCCUCCAGCGCUCUGCUGAUGGGAAGAGCUUCGAUGUGGUCGUUGACCCACUGGAGCUGACCCGUUCCGUCACGAGCAAGGACGGAAGGCGCGAGAUCAGCUACUCUGAGUCUCAUGCUACCAGCACCAGCUUCAAGUUCCCGUUCUCCCUGCCAAAGCUCUCUCAGGGCGAUGCUCCCUCCUCCCUCGCCAACAUCUUGACGGGCGCGCAUACGCUUGAGGAGCUCGAGGCCAGCUUGAAGGAAGCCGCAAGAGCGUGGUCUGGGUGCAAGGACUUCCUUGACAGCGAGGUGACGAAGGUGCUGAUGGAUGAUGACGGUGCGCUACAGCUCCAACUCCAGAUGACCAGAGUCGAGGUCGCGAACGGUGUCGGCCAAGAGAUCGAUGCGCUUCUCAAUACCGUCAGCAUUCUCCAGAAACACGCCAAAGGCACAGCAGCCAAGACUGGGAAGACUGAGUAUUGUGAGAUUCAUGAGACAAUGCCGGCCAUCCUUACUGCGAUGACCUCGAUCGGGACCGACAAGAUCAGGCGGCACACAGCUGUGGCGCUCAAGCAAUCCGGCGAGUUCUCGAAGACCGUCCGAGACAUACUCAGCGAGGACGAGCGGGGGCGCCGCGAAGCACAGUGGAUGGUGGGGCUGGCGGAAUGUACGUCAAACCUUGACUCGAUCGUCAAUGACACCAAGACUGGCGGCAUCGUAAAUGACAAGUGGACGGCGUUGGGCCGAUCUGCGUCUGCUCCCGACGUCCUUGAAGUCAUCCGCACGUGGCACGAGUCUGACAAGACACUCGGGGAGAGUGCCGCCGCCGAGGGUCUUGAGGUCCUUGCGGGACGCGCAGUGGAGAAGGCUCGGGCCCUUCAGGAAUUGAUCGAUGCUCUCAAAUCGAGCGUGGACCCAGCCUGA